ACCCUGAUCAAGUCCCAGAAGCCGAGGAGGUGGAAAAAGAAAAGAAAACGAAACAAGAAACAAAGAAAGAAGAAAGAGAAGAGAGAGAGAGAGAUCGAGGAUGGAGGAGAGGUAUCUGGAUCUGGUUUUGGUGCCGCUGGGCCUUCUCCUUCAAGCAGCAUACAACAUCUGCCUUUUCUACACCGUGAAGAAUCAUCCCGAUCGCACUGUCAUCGGCCUCGACAGGAUAGUCAGGCAGCACUGGGUCAAAACCAUGAUGCAGGCUCCGGUGACGAACGGCGUGCUGGCGUUGCAAACGGUGCGCAACAGCAUCAUGGCGUCGACGGUUCUGGCAACGACCGCCAUCUCCCUCGCCACCGCCGUCUCCGCCUUCGUGAGAGACUCCUCCUCUUCCUCUUCAUUCUCCCCCUUCGUGUACGGCAACACGUCCGCCACCGCCUACUCGGUCAAGUACUUGUCCAUCUCCUUCUGCCUCUUCACCGCCUUCCUCCUCCUAGUCCAGUCCAUCCGCUACUACUCCCACGCCGGCUUCCUGCUCACCCACGCCGCCACCGCGGCGGAGCUGGAGGUGGAGCCCGCCUACGUGGCGUGGGGCCUCAACCGGGGCACCCUCUUCUGGUCCAUGGGCCUCCGGGCCUUCUACCUCUCCUCCACUCUCUUCCUCUGGAUUUUCGGGCCCAUUCCGAUGCUGGCCAGCAGCGUCGCCAUCUGCGCCGCCUUGUACUUCUUGGAUUCCACCUCCGCCUUCACCAGGAAGUACCACCAAUCCAUCAUCGUUAAGCACAGCAGCUUGAUCACUCCCCACUCUGAUGCAUCGCCUGUUGCAGUAUAAUGUCUAUUGGUCAUGUUAAUUCAUUAAUUGAUUGCACUCAUCACAUAUUGUAUAUUUGUCCUGUUUAUUCAUUAAUUGAUUACAUUAGUUUUUUAUUAAAAAAUAAUUAAACUGUAAUUGU